AAUUCGUUAUUGUUAUUUGUAUUUUCCUUUCCGUACAAGUAUUCUGUGUUUGUGUAGCUGUUAUACUUAUACCUUAUAAUUUAUGAAUGAAUUUUAUAAUUUAUACCUAAUUGAAGAAGAUACAGGACACAUAUUCUAAAAACACAUAUAAGGAAUACGGGUGUUUCUGUUCCGGAUUUUUGCCUACAUAAAGUCAAGAAAAGUUACAAAAUGGCUGCUGCCCCUAACGAUUGGCAGCUAGAAUGUACAAAGCUAAAGCAGCGGGGUGCCUACCUUUUGAAGUCAGGUCAAUGGACUGACUGUACCUUCCUGGUAGGAACUGAGCCUAACCAAGUCGUUAUCGAAGGCCACAAACUUAUUCUAGCCAUGGCGUCUCCAGUAUUCGAAGCCAUGUUUUUCGGUGGAAUGGCUGAGGGAAAUGAGCCUAUUCCAAUUUUGGACGUUCAAAUUGAUGCAUUUAAAGCUCUCUUAGAAUACAUAUACACAGACAAUAUAAAUAUCACAUCAUUCGACAAGGCCUGUGAACUUUGUUAUGGAGCCAAGAAGUACAUGUUGCCGCAUCUAGUCAAGGAAUGUACAAGAUAUCUGUGGUCAGACUUAUACCCAAGGAAUGCUUGCAGAGCAUAUGAGUUUGCUAAUCUUUUUGAAGAAAAUAAUUUGAUGGAAAAAUGUAUUCAGAUAAUCAGUACAAACACAAAAGAAAUCCUGAACGACAGCAGCUUUGAGGAGAUGGACAUCAACACAGUGAUCACAGUGUUCUCCCUAGACCACUUGAACAUAGACAGUGAACUGGACUUGUUUGAAGCUAUUGUUAGAUAUGCAAAAGCUGCAGAAAGGCGGAACGCAGAGAGAAGUGCAAGUCCUGCGGCCAGCACCUCCAACUCGGAUAGGAAGAGCAUCAUGCCUUCUACUUCACAGGAGAAGGAACAAGUGGUGAACGUGGAGAGCAGUGCAGAGAGCAGCCCCGCGGCGGCGCCGGAGCCCUGCCGCGCCGAACACGAGCCUCAGCCGGAGACUAGUAAACCUAAAGGUGGCAGUGCGGGCGCGGGGGCGGUGGCGCGCGCGCUCGUGCGGCCGGCGCUGGAGCGCGUGCGGUUCCUGACGCUGUCGGCGCAGCAGUUCGCGGCGGGGCCGGCGCGCUCCACGCUGCUGACGGAGUCGGAGGCGUUCGCGGUGCUCAUGAACAUCCUGUCCACGUCGGACGUGCCCAUGCCGCGCGGCUUCUCCACCUCGCGCACGCCGCGCAAGACCCUCCUCGGCUCGCACUUCGCCGCGCCGGACUACAGCUUAUCCGUGUCGGCGGUGGACACGCCGAGUCCGGUGUCGCUAGACGUGGUGUGGCUGCCGUCCAGCGACCACCGGCCAGACCGCGCGGAGCACCGGCCCGACCGCGCGGAGCACCGACCCGACCGCGCCGAUCUGCGGGCGGAGCGCGCGCAGCCCUGGGACCGCGCCGCCUGGGACAGACCCGCUCGCCAUGAACUACAAAACAUAAUAACUUCCUCAGGCGCCCUGCUGGCAACUCGCGCGGUUGACGGGUCGGCGGGGGCGGGGGCGGGGGCGGAGCGCGGGGAGCACCGCAGCUACUGCCGGCGCGCGCUCGUCACACACACCGACUUCCUGAAUACGAGCGUCCUCGACAGCUCCGUCACGUUCAUGGUCGAUAAGAACAUUUGCGUGCUCGGCGUGCAGGUGCCGACGCAGGCGCCGAGCGAGGAGGGCGGGGCGGGGCAGUCGCUGGCGGGCGGGUACUGCGAGCUGCUGUACGCGCACCUGCUGGACGCGGACGGCGCGCGGCUCACCUACACGCACUACACCUCGCGCGUGUUGUACCGACACCUGCUCGACAUCAUGUUCAACAGACCCGUGUACGUGCAGCGGAACAAGGUGUACAAAGUGGGCAUCGUGUUCAACAAGGUGGGGUGGUACCCGAUGGGCACGGCGGCGCAGCAGGUGCUGGCCGACGCCGUACACUUCAACUUCGGCGUGGGGCAGAGCGCCGACUCCGUGCGCGACGGACUCAUACGAUCCAUCAUAUUCACAUACUAGCCCUGAAACAGAUUACAGAACAACUGGUAUCCAUCGAGCAUACAACCAAUUAUAGACCUACUAUAGUCAAAAUAAUUUAAGGUGGCACCAGCGGCCAUUGAACUUUGUAGUCUAG